AUGGAUUCCGUUAUUUCUCUCUCACUCUUCCUCCUCCUCCUCCUCCCUCUUCAUCUUCUCAUAACCGCCGACGCAACCGCAACCGCCACCGCCGCGUUCAAUCUGUCCACCAUAACCUUCAAACAAGGUUUCUCAACUCUCUUCAGCGAUUUCAACAUUCUCCGAUCUCCCGACGAUACAUCCGUCUCUCUUCUCCUCAAUCGCUAUUCAGGAUCUGGUUUCAUAUCCUCCGAUUACUACAACUACGGCCUGUUUAGCGCGAGUAUUAAGUUGCCGGCGAAUUACUCCGCAGGAAUCGUCGUCGCACUUUAUACAUCGAAUGUAGAUGCAUUUGAGAAAAGUCAUGAUGAAUUGGAUAUUGAGUUUCUUGGCAAUGUUAAAGGGAAGCCAUGGAAAUUUCAGACGAAUAUGUACGGUAAUGGCAGUACUAGCCGGGGAAGGGAAGAGAGAUACAAUCUCUGGUUUGAUCCAGCCCUUGAUUUUCAUCGAUACACCAUCAUUUGGACCGAGAAAAUCAUCAUGUAUGUUCUAAACCCUUUCUUUUUCUUUUCUACUUUUCAAAAUUCAAAUUACAUGAUAAAAACAGGGGAAGAGGGGAAGAAGAUAAAGAGACCAUGA